CGUACGCGUCUAGCCAGAUCCGAUUCUCCACCACGAUCCACCGGCUUUACAGCUAGCUCACUAUCCCAAGACGCCAACAGCUCCAGGUUCGAGACGGAUAGUCACUUAAACCCUAAAGCUCCCUAUAGAACUGGCAAUCUAACAUUAUCUGCUUCCCCAACAAUUCCCAGCCGACCGAAAUUUAUUUUUAUUCGUUUGAAUUGCAUAUUUUAUCUUUUGGUGGCAGGACUUCCAUAUAACAUUGUGUCGCCUAUCCCAUACAGACGACUAUUCGAUCGAGGAAUUCCCUAGAGAAACAGCAUCAAUAUGAAUUUCACCAAAAAGUUUGACCGCGCCUUCCAAUGGGCCGGCGAGAAGAUGGGCCAUGAGGCCAAGACGAGCCAGUCUGACGAAUUCAGAAGUCUAGAGACGGAGAUGGCUUUACGACACGAUGGCUACGAGCGUCUACAGAAAUCUAUGAACACCUACGUUAAAUCGCUUUCUCGUCGGGGUGAGACCUACGAAGACAAGGAGAAGGGUCUACCUGUUAGCUAUCUGGGCCGGACGAUGAUAGCCCAUGGAGAGGAUUUCGAACCAGAGUCCGAAUUUGGCAAUUGUUUAAUUGCAAUGGGUAGAGCCAACGAACGCGUUGCUGGCAUUCAGGAAACAUACAUUGCGCACGCUACAUCUUACUGGCUAGAAGGUUUGGAACGAUCAUUAGCUAUGAUGAAAGAAUAUCAAUCCGCUCGCAAGAAGCUCGAGAGUCGAAGACUCACAUAUGACUCGAGCAUGAUCAAGAUGCAAAAAGCUAAAAAGGAGGAUUUUAAAUUGGAAGAUGAACUUCGAACUGCGAAAGCUAAAUAUGAAGAGUCGUCUGAAGAUGUGCUUCGACGCAUGCAAGAUAUUAAGGAGGCAGAGGCAGACUCUGUUCGCGAUCUUACGAGUUUUCUAGAUUGUGAGCUAGAUUACUACGAACGUUGUGCCGAAGAGCUCCGACGUGUGAAGCAAGAAUGGGUAGCUGGCCAGGGUCAAUCAAACGGCUCUCGUCCCUCCGACCCCGGUGCCUCCCGUCGAUUACCAACGAGGAGUAGAAGCAACACAGCCCACUCUUUCUCGGGACGGAAUGAUCGCACCGAACAAUGGGCCAGCCGACAGGAUAUUUCCGAACAGGACGAACUUACUGCUGAGCCUGUGCGUAUGCCUAUACGCUCAAGCCCCUAUCGUGGCAACGGGUCAACGACGCCUGAGGUACCAUUAAGGCCAACUAUCAGCCGUACUUCUACUCAUAGCGGAGCCUUCGAAGGCCCAUCUUCGAGGCAAUCAUCGUACCGUGAGCCUCCACCGCUACCUGAAACGAUACGUAAAACUCAAGUUGCGCCGCCUCCCAAUGUUGGAUCUCUUCGCAAUAAUCUACGUCCAGUAAACAGAAUUCAGACGAACCAGAAUCUGAGUCCCGAUGCCUAUGCGGAUGAUUACGAUACAGCGACCAGCAGCGGAAGCCCCGAGUAUGACCGUAGCGAAAGCCCAGCAACGAGCUAUGGCAGUCUAAGCCGCAGUGCUAGUAAUAACGGCUUACGCGCAGCGGCAACGGUACCAGCCACAAAGAAGGCCCCUCCACCACCUCCACCAAGCAGAGCUAAGAAGCCGCCACCACCAGUUCCCGCGAGACGGGAAUUGGGAUACUGAGAUUGCGACACAGUAAUAUUUUAAUAUGUCGC